GGAAAUUCUGGGUUUCUUUUCAAUUAUUUUCUUACUUCCUUUGAGCUGAUGUUUCUUUGACUGUUAAAAAGUAUUAAUUUUUUUGUUGUGUAACUUACUGUUUAAAGUACAAAAAUUUAAGUCCUGGUUUCAAUGUUAUCACACUCAUCUUACUGUACUUGAAUUAUUUUAUGUUAAUAUCCGAGUUUGAUCAAUCUCAUACACACGAACAGUAAAACCCGCUUAAAGGGUUGCUGUUAGAUCUUGGGAUUAUGUUUUUGUUUAUGUUUAUUGUUCAUAUACUAAACUUUCUGCUUGAACAUUUGUUUUGGAAGCUUACAACAUGAUGACAUAAUCAUCACCAGCUUAGAUCCUGAUUCCUGAAAAUGUCAGUUUUUCUGUAGUAUCAAUGGUUGCAAAAUUCUAUGCAUUGACAAGAAUUUGGAAAUUUUUGUUUCUAGAACCCAGAUAAUUAAAGGGUAUAUAAAGAAGCUAAAAUGAAGUAGACAUGUUAAUUUUGAUAUUCUGAUUCCUUCAUAAUUUAUGUAGAAUUUCCACUUUUUGUACAAGAAAUUGUUAAUUUUGUAGGUUCUUUAAUUGGUGGAUGCUCUUAGCUCCUUUAAAGAUAAAGUUCAAUGAAAAGAAAUUAAAAACCAGGAAAAAAAUAACUUUGGUUCGAGUAUUUCUAAGGCCGUUUUUGACAACAACAUACACCAAUACUAAAGCCUUAUUCCCAAAAGAAUAGGUCAGCUUCAAGGUCUAUUUUAAGUGUAACGAAAGUUUAGUCCGAUUAUUCUCUUGCUCGAGUGGACAAAUCGAUCACUUUCGAUCAUCGUAAGAAUUGGACAAGGGGAGAAUUUGGAAAGAUUUUAUAUGAGAGAUAACCUGGCAUCUCAUAAACAAAUGGUUGGUAAUAGCUAAAUUUAGGUGCCAUUUUUUUCUAAUUCUUUUUUUUGGAUUUUUCAAGAAUUUUUGUUCUAGAAUGGAGAAUCCGAAUUGUGCGUGUAAGAUUGGUUGUUUAGUCAUAGUAAUACAUGUUGUCUAUCAACUUGACUUCAAUGGAAAGAGAAUACAGGACAAGGAUAUUUGAGGUUUAAGUCAAAUUGACAGGUUUGUGAAUAAUGUUGGUCUAUAGACUUUGUAAUUGUAUACUUUUUCUUAUAAUUUUUACUUUUUGAUACUUUGCUUUCUAGUCUUCCUUUGAUUGAGUACCUCUUCUAGACAUAACUUACUUGCAAGUUACUAUUUUUUUUUUCUUUUCUAAUUACCCCGUAUCUAUCAAAUAUCAGUAUGAUGCUUCUAAGUAGUUAGAGUGUUGGACACCAUGGAAUCUGAUUCCUCUUGUCCCAGAUCAAAUUCUUCUGUCCGACAAAUGGAACAUUAACAUAUGAAUAUGAAAGAAAACAGAUUUGUAUUGGCGAGGUGAGGAAGAAGGGGUGGAGGUAGGGGUUGUCUGUUCGAAUUGACUAAUUAAUGUUCUGAUUUGGACAUGUUCUCCUCUUCAUGGUUUUGCAUUGCUUUCUUCGUGUUCUAUAUGCUAUCUUAAAGAUGUUUCGAUUACUUUCACAAGUAUUCAUGAAUUUGAGUAGCUGGAAAGCAAGAGGUGCAAUGGCGAAUCAACCUGUUGAUACCCAGCAGGAUGAGCGCUUGAGUUUCUGAUAUAAAAUUUGUUGGCGAGAACUUUUGGUAAAUUUUGUUUUUCUCACAAGGACGAACAGUACAUUUGUUUGGCAGUAUUAAGCUCAUCGAUGUCGAACAGUUUGUAUUAUCAGCCUAAGAGAGAAGUUGAUACACAUUUCAUGCUUCAGUGUCAGCCUUUGAAUCCUCAACUCUAUUCUAACCUCAACACUGAAAGUUAUGCAACCUCAAAAACUUCCCCAGGUCAGUACAACACACUGGAAUCAUCCUCUGGAAUUGGCAGCUAUAUGAUGCUUAGCUCCGCGUCUACUCUUACCUUUGCAUCCAGUGGAAGCCCUGGAUCACUACUUGAUUCCAGUUCAUACCCGCCUGAUCAACACUACUCUCCUGAUUACGCCAAUAACUCACCUGUGAGUAACUCAUGUGUUACAGAUGAUUGCAGUGACUUGAAGUGGAAGCUUAGGGAGUUGGAAAACGUGAUGCUGGGACCUGAUACUACUGAUAUUACAGAUGGCUAUAGCAACAUGAUCAAGGACGGGUCCCAUGUAACCCCAUUGGAGAUGGACAGCUGGGGUAAAGUGAUUGAGAUGCUCGCUUGCAAAGACGUGAAACAGGUUCUUGUUGCCUGUGCAAGAGCAGUUGUUGAGAAUGAUCAGUUGGUCGCCCAAUGGCUGAUGGAUGAGCUGAGACAGAUGGUAUCAGUCUCUGGUAGUCCAAUUCAAAGAUUAGGAGCAUACAUGUUGGAAGGGCUGGUGGCAAGGCAGGCCUCUUCAGGUAGCUCCAUUUACGAAGCAUUGAAGAGCAAAGAGCCUGCGAGUGCAGAUCUUUUAUCUUACUUGCAUAUACUUUUUGAGGUCUGUCCAUACAUUAAGUUUGGCUACAUGUCCGCUAAUGGUGCCAUUGCUGAAGCUAUGAAAAAUGAAAGGAGAGUCCAUAUCAUCGAUUUCCAAAUAGGUCAAGGGACCCAGUGGGUGACUCUUCUACAAGCAUUUGCAGCCCGGCCUGGUGGAGCCCCCCACAUCCGGGUAACUGGAAUUGAUGACUCAUAUUCAGCAUAUGCUCGUGGAGGGGGGUUAAAUAUAGUUGGUCAGCGGCUUUCAAGGUUAGCUCAGGCAUUCAAGGUUCCGUUUGAGUUCCAUGCUGUUGAUAUCUCAGGUUGUCGGGUUCAGUUGAAAGAUCUUGGAAUUCGACGUGGUGAGGCUUUGGCAGUGAAUUUUGCUUUCAUGCUGCAUCAUAUGCCUGACGAAAGUGUAAGCACUGAGAAUCACAGGGAUCGUUUACUUAGGCUGGUUAAAGGCUUGAACCCAAAAGUGGUGACACUUGUGGAGCAAGAAUGUAACACAAAUACCGCUGCUUUCUUGCCACGUUUUAUUGAGACAUUGGACUAUUAUAUGGCAAUGUUCGAGUCCAUGGAUGUGACUCUGCCAAGGGUUCAUAAAGAUCGAAUUAAUGUGGAGCAACACUGUUUAGCUAGGGAUGUGGUUAAUUUGAUAGCUUGUGAGGGAGCCGAGAGGGUGGAGCGCCAUGAACUACUUGGAAAGUGGAGAUCGCGCUUUACAAUGGCAGGGUUUAAGCCUUACCCUUUGAGCGUUUUGGUAAAUAGCACAAUAAAGACACUGCUGAAGAAUUAUUGUGAUAGGUAUAGGUUAGAAGAAAGGGAUGGAGCUCUUUAUCUUGGAUGGAUGAAUAGAGAUUUGGUUGCUUCUUGUGCUUGGCAAUGUAGUUAGUUUUGCCUAUUGAUUUCUUUGCAUAAAAUCUGAAGCCGAUAAAUCACGUUGUAACUUGUUCUUUUAUGCAUUUUCUUAAUUAGUUUCUACUGCUUAUUGAAGUUGCAGGUUUGCAACAGCAGCCCUUAAGCUCCCUUUUGUUUUGAGGAGGCAACUCCCAUUUAUGUAAUUUUGCUUGAAUGAAAGAGCAAGAAAAAGAAACAGCUUUUCCAUAA